AUGAUAUCAAAUCCGACGAAGGCGGAAGGACUUAAGAAAGGAAAAGUGUGUGGCGAAGGACAUCGUAUCGAGGGUGCAAUAGUCAAAUCUCAUUUAUUUGAAAAAUAUCAUGAUUUCGAAGAUUGCUUUAUGACAUUUAAGACACGACGAGAGGGUUUAAAAAUGCGUAUACAGUUUUUGCUUAUGGAUUUGAAUGAUGUGCUAUCCGGUACACAGUGCUUAGACAAAGUACUUCUCUACAAUUCUUUUAAUAUGUCUAGAGAACAUCUGUUGGGAAGCGAGCAUUGUGGGAAGUAUUCAUCGACAGAUAGAACCUCAUAUGUUUCAACAUCCGGCAUUGUCACCAUUCAUUUUGUAACUGAUGGUGGACAAGUUGCUAGUAAAGGAUUUAUAAUUAUCUUGUCUGCAUUUCGUAAUCCAACACUAGGCAAUCCAUGUGAUUCAGAAGAUGAAUAUCGAUGUCGAAACAAUGAAUGUAUUAGUAGUACAUUAAAAUGUGAUAAUAACUCUGACGAAAAUGAUGAUUCAUGUUCAGGAAAUUUAUCUAAACAUAAUAAAAGAUGGCAACAUCUUCAUGGUAUUCUUAUUGCAUGUGGUAUUAUCAUCUUAUUUGUUGGUACAAUAUUAUUCAUUGCCUAUUGGAUAUGUCGUCGUUGUAUCCAUCGUCAACCAACGGUGAAACAUGUAAACAACUAUGAAACAAUUCAUAAUUCAGUUCAUAACGACGCAAUUCAUAAUGGUUCAAACAACAAGAAUGAAUUGAAAGCUACACGUGUUGUGUUGAAAACGAAAAAUUGUAACAAUAAAACGUUAGAUGAAAAUUAUGGUACUCUCUAG